AAAAAGGGCAAAGGGCUGCUCUAAGAGUGAAGGUUACGAGGAAACAUUUUCGGCACGACGCCCGCCAUGGCGGCGCCUCGGAGGCAACGUGUAUUCGACUUUCAGCAGACGAUUCCGCGUGCUCUACCCCAUCGGAGGAUUAACGCAUACCAGGGUCGAACGCGGGGUUGACGGCGAAUCUCCACCGGAGCCUGUCUCCAUCGGAGCCUCCACCGGAAAACUCCCCAGGUCCUACUUGCAACUUCAUGGGUUGUAUGUCUUUCAGACUUGCUAUUGAUGGGUAAUUUCGAGAUGCUGCUAAUGGGUAGAAGAUCGCGCGUACAUAUGAACCCUGGGAAGGCAAGCCUGCGCCCUGUUAACUACAUGUCUCGCUCGGAUUUCAGACCUCCCAAUUGAGAUUGAUAGCCACAAUGAGAUCGACCGCUAUCUUCAAUCUGUUGCUCUCGAGCUCCUCGCUCCUCGAGGCUGCCAGCAUUCAAAGAGCCGCCGACGGUGCAUCCGUCGACCUUUCCAAGGCCACUGGCGACGCGAAAUUCCUUGCCUCGGGGUGGAUCUAUGGGUUCCCCGACAAUGGCACUUCGGUCGAUACUCGCAUCCCCGCAAACUACAUCACCGACAUCAAGUUCAGAGCCACUCGGGCUGGCGGCGCACAAACACCGACUCGUGGAUGGAUAGAGGGCCAAAAAAGCUACCUGGGGCGCUUUCAAUCAACCCUCUCCAACUAUCGCACUGCGCGCAAAUACGGCGGAACCUUCAUUUUGCUCGUCCAUGAUCUGUGGGGCGCGGAUGGCAGCAGCAUUCCCCUCUACCCCGGCGAUAAGAAUGAUUGGGCCCAAACGGAUGCGUUCCUGAAGCAGCUGGUUUCCGACAUCAAGGCAAACGACAUGCUCGAUGGCCUCGUGCUCGAUAUUUGGAACGAACCCGAUAUUGACCUUUUCUGGCCUAGACCGUGGGACCAGUAUCUUUCGUACUAUGUCCGCGCUCACAACUAUUUCAAAUCGCAGCUACCCACUACGCUGAUCAGCGGGCCAUCCUCAGCCAACGCGCCAGGCGUAAACGAUGCGAAAUGGAAAGCAUGGCUGAAAUCCGUGUCAGGCAACAAGACCAUCCCGGACAUUUAUUCGUGGCAUCAGAUCGGCGACUGGCAGCGCGAGCCCGACCGAACCAUUCCCGACUUCAAAACCAUCAAGGCCGUGCACAACAUGCCCGACCUCCCCAUCGACAUCAACGAGUAUGCAUGGCCGUCGGAGCAGAACCCCGCUAACACCGUUUUCUACAUUGCUCAACUCGAACGCUACAAUCUACGCGGCCUCCGCGCGAAUUGGGGCUCUGGCUCUGGCUUGCACGACACACUGGCUAACCUGGUCGGCACCACGGAUAAGAAGACGUACUAUCCCAAUGGCGAGUGGCAGCUGUACAAGUACUACGCCAACAUGGUUGGAACCCGCGUGGCUACAACCGCAUCGGCGGACCGCAAGUUCGACGUCUUCGCUACCAAAUCCGGCAACUCGGUGAAGAUCAUCGCAGGCACACGUAGCGUGAAAGCUGCCUACAAUAUCACCAUCACGGGUCUUUCUAGCGUAGGUUUUCCGGAUUCCGGAUCCCUGAGUGCAAGGGUGUAUCGAUUUGACUGGGCUGGCGCGAAUGGGAAGGUUGGUGCGCCAGUGGACUUGGGCACCAAGACGUUUACGUACAGUGGUGGAAAGGUUACUUUCAAUGUCGACCCGGCAACGAAUUCUACGGCGUAUGCAUACGAGUUUACCGGGAAAAGCUAGUUAGAAACCACCGUAGCGCCCUACUGUAUCAUUUUAUAUAUUUCUGUUUGAUUCCACGCCCUAGGUC